GAAAAGAAAGAGAAAGAAAAAGGAAACGAGCGCACAAAGCAUGCUGGUUUUCUCUUGUUUCAACAAACAAAAAUGAUUUUUAAAAUUUCACAUAAUUUUUUUCCAGAUUUUUUCUCAUUCUUUAUAAGUUUUUGGUGGGUUCAAAUUCAAUGCUUAUUCAACGGUUAGGUGAGAGAAUGCUAAGGACAUCAUCAGUAAAGCAAUUGAGGUGGAAUCUCCCUUCAUGGAAAUCUCAUGGCAGUGUUCCUUUUAAAAGCCUCAGCUUUCACAGAUACUUUAAACCCAUAGUUAUCAGGUGCUGAGUAUCAACAAUGACGGUCACACCAAGAAUUUCUAUCAACGAUGGGAACCUUGUCGUUCAUGGGAAGACCAUCCUCACUGGAGUGCCAGACAACAUCGUUUUGACUCCAGGAUCCGGUGUGGGAAUUGUUGCUGGUAGCUUUAUUGGUGCUACUGCUUCUGAUAGCAAAAGCCUUCACGUCUUUCCCAUAGGUGUUUUAGAAGGUCUCCGAUUCAUGUGCUGUUUCCGAUUCAAACUAUGGUGGAUGACUCAGAGAAUGGGAACAUGUGGGAAAGAUGUUCCUUUUGAGACUCAAUUCAUGCUUGUAGAGAGCAAGGAAGAAGAUGAUCCGAAUGCCCCAACAAUCUACACUGUUUUCCUCCCACUUCUUGAAGGCCAGUUCCGUGCUGUUCUGCAAGGCAAUGACAAGAAUGAGAUAGAGAUAUGCCUUGAGAGUGGAGAUAAUGCUGUUGAAACAAAUCAAGGUCUUUACCUUGUCUACAUGCAUGCUGGGACCAAUCCCUUUGAAGUUAUCAAGCAGGCUGUGACGGCUGUAGAGAAACACAUGCAAACUUUCCUUCACCGGGAGAAGAAGAAGGUGCCUUCAUUUCUUGAUUGGUUUGGCUGGUGCACAUGGGAUGCUUUCUACACUGAUGUCACUGCAGAGGGUGUUGAGGAAGGCCUUAAAAGUCUAUCGGAGGGAGGGACUCCACCUCGAUUUUUGAUCAUAGACGAUGGUUGGCAGCAGAUUGAAAAUAAGCCCAAAGACAGUGAUUGUGUUGUACAAGAAGGGGCGCAGUUUGCAAGCAGGUUGACAGGGAUUAAAGAGAAUGCUAAAUUCCAAAAGAAUGGCCAAGACAGGGAACAGAUCUCAGGCCUAAAACAUGUUGUAGAUGAAGCCAAGCAGCAUCAUGAUGUGAAGUAUGUAUAUGUGUGGCAUGCUUUGGCUGGUUACUGGGGUGGAGUCAAACCUGCAGCUGCUGGUAUGGAACAUUAUGAUACAGCAUUGGCUUAUCCUGUUCAGUCCCCUGGUGUGGUGGGCAACCAGCCAGACAUAGUUAUGGACAGCCUAGCUGUUCAUGGCCUAGGUUUGGUUCAUCCAAGGAAGGUUUUCAACUUCUAUAAUGAGCUUCAUUCCUAUCUGGCUUCAUGUGGAGUUGAUGGAGUGAAGGUUGAUGUGCAAAACAUUAUUGAGACCCUUGGUGCUGGUCAUGGUGGUAGAGUAUCUCUUACCCGCAGUUAUGUCCAGGCCCUUGAAGCCUCAAUUGCCCGAAACUUCUGUGACAAUGGAUGCAUAGCAUGCAUGUGUCAUAACACUGAUGGAAUCUACAGCACCAAGCAGACUGCUGUUGUUAGAGCUUCUGAUGACUUUUAUCCUCAGGACCCUGCUUCGCACACUAUCCAUAUUUCGUCAGUGGCUUACAACACUCUUUUCCUUGGAGAAUUUAUGCAACCUGACUGGGAUAUGUUCCAUAGCUUACACCCAGCUGCAGAUUAUCAUGCUGCUGCUCGUGCAAUUGGUGGAUGUGCUAUCUAUGUCAGUGAUAAGCCUGGCAACCACAAUUUUGAGCUCUUGAAGAAGCUGGUCCUUCCUGAUGGAUCAGUUCUCCGUGCCCAACUGCCUGGCAGGCCUACCCGUGACUGUCUAUUUGCUGAUCCAGCCAGAGAUGGGAUUAGCUUGCUCAAGAUAUGGAAUGUGAACAAAUGUUCUGGUGUGGUGGGUGUUUUCAACUGCCAAGGUGCUGGUUGGUGCAAGAUCACCAAGAAAACCCGCAUUCAUGAUGCAUCACCUGGCACCCUUACGGGGUCUGUUUGUGUCAACGAUGUUGAUUCAAUCACUCAGGUUGCUGGUGCAGACUGGAAUGGGGAGACUGUGGUUCAUGCUCAUAGAUCAGGGGAGGUGGUACGGUUACCUAAAGGUGCUUCAAUGCCAGUAACGCUUAAGGUUCUUGAGUAUGAAGUAUUCCACUUCUGUCCGGUCAAGGAAAUUACCACGAAUAUUUCAUUUGCACCAAUAGGCCUGCUUGACAUGUUCAACUGCAGUGCUGCUGUGGAGCAGUUCGAAGUACAAAUGGUAGUGGACAGGGAGCCAGAACUCUUUGACGGUGAGAUCUCCCCAGAGCUGACAACUUCUCUCAGCAACAACCGGUCUCCAACUGCAACAAUCAUCCUCAAAGUUAGGGGUUGUGGACAGUUUGGUGCUUACUCUUCUCAGCGUCCAUUGAAGUGCACUGUGGGUAAUGCUGAGACUGACUUCAACUAUGACUUAGCUACUGGAUUGGUGACACUGACUCUGCCAGUUGCACCGGAGGAGAUGUAUAGAUGGCCCAUAGAAAUUCAAGUCUGAGUAGUUUCAGGUUAUUAGCAUCAUAUUACAGUGUCAUCUUUGUUAUUUCUAGUGGUGGUGAUGGGUAUUUUGCUGGGAAGUGGGGAGCGAGUGAGAGAGGCCCUUACAUAUAAUCGGGGUACUAUGUUAAUGCCACUUUCUAUCUAAUAAAAGUGCCUAUUGUUCAAAAA